CGUUGAAUUACUUUCAGAAAACAUAAACAUCAUCAUGGUCUCCGUGGUCUUUCGUCGCGUGCUUGCCGCUGCCGGCAGCAUGUCCGUCUACUUGCACGGAGAAGCGGUUCUGAAAGGGUUGCUGGGAGGUGGACAUCGAGCCACUUUCUCGGAAAUAACCAGUCUUCGGACCAUGAGCAACGUGUUGAAUGUUGGCCAGCACUUUGACGUUCAUCCGGGCCUUGUGGUUGCCGUCCAGUUGCGGUCCCGGCCGGGAAGCAGCGGCGAUGGGAAGAACUGGAAUGGUAAAAAGCAGUCGAAAGG